AUUCCAUUUCUCUCCAAGAUUUUAACUUUCUUUUUGAUUCAUCGAUCAUUUGAUUUCUUCGAAAAUUCUCUUCCGAUUGUUCCAGAACAGAAGCGUGUGAUUGAAUCUGAGUCCGUUGCUUCGAUCGUUGAACACAAACGCACAAAUCUCUCAGGUAUAAACCCUAUUCUUAGCGAUCUAGAAGAAUCAGUGUGAUGACGAUCUUCGUAUCAUCAGGCGAAUUACAACUAUUUGUGAUGAUUUGUCUCUGUUUGUUUCAACUAUCAUCAUGUUCCACAGCCGAUCAUUUGAUUUCUUCGAAAAUUCUCUUCCGAUUAUUCCAGAACAGAAGCGUGUGAUUGAAUCUGGGUCCGUUUCUUCGAUCGCUGAACACAAACGCACAAAUCUCUCAGUGCUUGAAGGUGGUGUUCGAGUAUGGCCUCUAAUUGCGGAUAUGGACAAGUUUCUGGAAAAUAAAGGCCUCUGCGACUGUCCAGGUCAAUGCAGUAGAAAAGAUCUUGUUCUGGUUCCCCAGGGUGCUACGAAAUUUGGUGACCAGGGGAAUCAGCAUAAUAUGCACAGAAAAAAGGUUGUGGAUGACAUUAACGGAAUCCUGAUCUUGAGCCUCGGUGAUAAGAUGGCCAAAAUCUCGUGAAUAUGGGAGAGCCAAGCAUUCUUUUCGUACAUCCUCUUAAGGAGUAUAACUUAGUGUGAGCCUGCUGAUGUAUCUAUUAAAGAGUUGGUAAGAAACUUGAAGAAGGUAAGCUUUUGUUUGGUAAAGUAGUUUCUUAGAAUGUUGGCCAAAGAUUAUAACGACUGUGUUUUCUAUUGUUUAAUAUCCGUAUAACAUUAUUCGCUAAGUUAUUUUAGGACUAACAACACUUCAAGACGUCAGUGAAAAAUUAAAAGUCUUGUGAAUAU